AUGAAGAAAGAAAUGCGAAGAGAGCAGAAACGAGCACGAAGAGAUCAGAAUAGGUGACGCCUGUACUCAAAUUCUUGCUGGAGCGUUUGAAGGAGCAAAUUCGUGAAGAUCGUGAAAAGCUAUUUUCAAUGUUAAAGCCAAGUUUGAUGUCUAACUGAGACUUUAAAAGCCCAGCAAGCAAUCAACGGUCAUGUCUUUUUUAUUCAAAUUGCUAUGGUUCAGAAUAACGAACGCCUUUGGAGACGAAGAAAAACUGGAGAUGGAGUUGAUUCAACGGGAAAUCAUGCGACAGAGGUGGAGGAUUUUUUUAAAGCGACUUUUUGGCAAAAGAUCGUCAUAACCAUUAAAUUUCGUUGCCUGUUUUAUGUCAAAUUUCAAUAUCAUGCGUCCUUAAUUUUCUUUUUCAAGUUCAUAAUUUUUCCUUUCAGACAACUCGAAAUGGAGAGUAUGACUUCAAUGCCGAAAUUCGUAUCCGCAGCGCCAAAGGAAGUCUUUCCAUUCGUGUUCGACUCGAGGAUACAAGCAAAUCUCACAUCUUUCGAUUUCGGUGGAUUCAAAGUAACUUGUUUUUCCAUUCGAAUUACUUUGGAAACUACAAAGUGCGUGAUUUAGGACGGUUUCUUUCAUUUAUUCUUUACUAGGGAACGUUUCUCAUCUCCCGGUUGAAAUUCCGAUGAAAGGUUCCUAAAGGGCACUUUAGGACCUCCAGAGUCCAGAACGAGUAAAACAUUUCUCGCACUUGAUCUUGUUUUCCGGUUAGUACGCUUCAAAAGUCCGAAAUAGCGCUUUUUUUUCAUAAUUUGCGUAUUUUGCGGACUUCGAAGCUCAAUAACUUGAAAACAAAAUCUAUUGCGAGAAAUUUUCAUCUUGUUCUGCUAUCAGCAGGUCCAAAAGUACACUUGAGCAAAGUUUCAUCAAAAGUUCAAUCGGAGUGGGGAAGAAAAAAGUUCCCUACUUAGAGCAGAACGGGGGUUUCAAAUAUUUCAAGGUCUCUUCUGGAGCUCAUAUAUUAUUUUGGGAUGCUUAAAAAUCGCAGGAAGUUUUCAUGUUUCUCUUGGAAAACGCCUAGGAGUCCCCGAAUUUCUCGGUGUUUCACGAAUCCAAACUUCAUUGCUGUUCUUUCCAGUUCGUUCUUCCGGAAAACGCGAAGCGAGAAGUGGGAAGGGACGUAGAAGCUGUGACGGUUCCUGCGCCGAGCCAGUCGGACCUCGGUCAUAUCGAGCACGUCUACGUCAAGGACAUGGAUGACGUCAGGCGUCCUUGUAUUUUUCCCCAGAAAACGUGGUUUGCAGUUGGGCCGACUUGGCUUCAAAGGCUUCGAGAAGCUCAAUGUGAUUCAGUCGAUCGUCUUUGAACAAGCGUACAAAACCAAGGAAAAUUUGCUGAUUUGCGCUCCGACUGGAGCAGGUUCUCAGAUUUUUUCUAAUGAAAUCUGUCUUGAGCAAAGUUUCGGAGUAUUAUAUAGUUCAUUUUCACAAAAUUAGUCACUUAGCCACUCUGUAUAGAUGGACAAGUUUUUCAGAACUCAUUCAGCUCGGUAAGAGUCGUUGACAAUUUUUGGAUAGUUAGGGGAUAAAAUCAAGUUUCUGAGGUAGUUUUAACCACAAUAAUGAAAAAAACUUGGGAGGAGGGGUCGGCGGCCUUUAGAAAUGUUCUACACAUGUGAGUCACUCUGAGAAAAAUGUGCAAACGGUUCUUUCAAUCGACGAAGUCAAAAAUGCCAACUGGAUGAAGCCAUAAUCAAAUGAAAUUUCGAAAAUCACCAGUGAAAAUAAUUUCAUCUAAACUUCAAGGUAAGUUCAGUUGAAUAAAUUUUUUUUAAAAAAUCUUUAAAAAUGGUCAAGCUUAAGUUAAGUUUUGAAAAUUUUCGAGCCGCUCACAAAAUUAAGAAGUUUUGCGAAAGUUCGAGAGAAUUAAAGUUUUUCUCAGUAACUUUGAUGUCAGUAGCCUCAAUAUGGGUGGAAAAAUGGUCGAACCAUUAUUUUCUAGGAAAAACCAACAUUGCAAUGCUGACGAUCUUGAACACAAUCCAUGAGCAUCGGAGGCGGAAUGGCGAGAUCGUGAAAGACGACUUCAAGGUCCUUGUCUUCCAUUCGUUCAGAACCGCCUCAAGAAACCUAUAAAAAUCUCGCUUCCAAGCAGUUUCUUCAGAUAAUUUACAUCGCUCCUAUGAAAGCAUUGGCAACGGAAAUGACUGAAAACUUUGGAAAACGUCUGGCUCCAUUGGGUUUGAAAGUUCGAGAACUCACCGGAGAUACCCAACUGUCGAAGAAAGAGAUCUCUGAAACUCAGGUGCAAUUUUCCUAGUUUCCAAAUGUCCACCCUGGUGUCAGAUGCUGAUAUUGACACCCGAGAAAUGGGACGUCGUCACUCGGAAAAACACAACAGACAAUUCUUUGACGGCUUUGGUCCGGUUGCUGAUUAUCGAUGAGGUUUUUCGUCGAUUUAUUCGUUUAUUCGUCCAGAAAAACGCCUUUCCAUUUCGAAAUCGAUGGAUAAUAACCUAAAAAUGGAAAUAUCCUGGAAUAGGAGGGAUUCAUCUCAAUUUUAUCUCUCGAAUUUUAACCUGUCUUCACAGGUUCAUUUACUACAUGACGAGCGUGGUCCGGUGAUCGAAACGAUCGUGGCGAGAACCCUUCGACAGGUGGAUUCCCUGCCUCUCAGAAAGUCGAGAAUCCCAGAAUCGCAGGUGGAAAUGUCGCAGACGGGCAUCAGGAUCGUAGGACUGUCGGCCACGUUGCCCAACUACUUGGAUGUGGCGCGUUUCCUGCGAGUCAACCCCUACAAGGGCCUCUUCUUCUUCGAUGGCCGUUUCCGUCCCGUUCCGCUGACCCAGAGGUAGCAACGGAUUGUGCUUUCUUUUUGAGAUGAAAGAAAAAUGAUGAGCAGAAGAUCGAAUUUUUUUUUUGAUGCAAAAAAAUUAAAAUUGGAAAAAUGUCAUGCUUAUCCAAUUUUAUUCAAAGACUUUGCUCAAUUUAAGAGGUAUAUUCAGCUUUUUCACUCAUCUAGCCAUGCAGAAAAAGUUUUUCUUCCAAUAUAAUUUUUUCUGACUGAAGAAUGUUCACAUCAGGGCAAUUUUUCCAAAAAAAAAUCCUUCAGAGAUACUCUAACUCUUUCUUAAGUCUGUACAACUUUCCGGAGGGGUUGAUCUCAGACUGAUCGACAGAUGAGCGCGAACCUUUAACGAUCACUGUAUUGUAGUUUUUAGGUUUGUCGGCGUUCAGACCAAGGGCGGUUCAUUCCGCGACAAGCAGGAUCGUAUCGAUGAAGUUUGUUACAAUGAAGUAAUGCACCAUGUGCGGCAAGGACGUCAAGUUUUGGUCCGUUUACAUGCUCCGUCUCUCGAUUUUGGGCUCGAAAUUAUGUUCCUACUCCCCGUUUCAGACCUUUGUCCAUGCUCGAAAUGCAACGGCCCGUCUUGCCGAAUACUUCAUUUCGAAAGCUUCUCAAAAUGUUGGUAACCUCGAAGCUUGUUCAACAACCUUGAAAAAUUAAAAAGGAAAACGAUAUUUCCAAAGAUUAAUGCAUUUUUCUACGCUUGUAAAGUUUGGCGCUGUUAUAAAAUCGGAAGUAUUUUUUUUUCGAAAGGGCUUUCUAUUUUUCCCAAGUAAUAAAUACUUUUAUCGGAUUACUUUAAAAAAACGAUUUUAGGGAGAGCUGGACUUGCUUUUGGGGAAGACAAUGGGAACUCGAGAGUAUGUAGGCGUGGAGAAGGCCGUGCAGAACUGCCGGAACAAAGGCCAGCUGCUGAAUCUGUUCCAAAGAGGCCUGGGAAUCCACCAUGCAGGCCUCGUCCGUCACGACCGUCUUCUUAUGGAGAAGGCUUUUGGCGGAAACCACAUUCAGGUCGGCUGCUGCCGCGGUCAGGCCGUCUCAACUCGGCUUUCAGAUACUUUUCUGUACUGCGACUCUCGCUUGGGGUGUCAAUCUUCCAGCAAACGCCGUUGUUAUCCGAGUGAGAAACUCAGGAAAUGUGAAUUUCUUAAUCGGAUGAAUCAGGGAACGGACGUGUUCGAUGCCGAGAAAGGAACUUUCAGCGACCUCGGUGUCCUGGACGUGCAGCAGAUCUUCGGACGAGCUGGUCGGCCGCAGUUCAGAAGCGAGGGAUACGGUCUCUUUGUGCGUUGGAGCAAAUUCAUCUGUUGUUUCCAGGUGUUAUUAUCACGGAACAAGCGAAAUUGCCCAAGUACCUACAAAUGCUCAUCCAUCAGGCGCCCAUCGAGAGUCAAUUCUUCAAAAGGAUUCACGACAAUCUGAACGCCGAAAUAGCUCUCGGUGGGGUCUUCUCUGACUAAAAAUACUUUUUGGACUCGAAACAUUUACAGGAACGAAAAAAUAAAGUUUUGGGACAUGUUCAUCGGAGAAACUGAUAGUUUUUCAAAAAGCAAAAGCGGCGCACCAAAUUUGCUCCAAAACAGUACAAAUUUUUGUUUCGAAACAAUUUUCGGUUUGCCCGAUGAACACGCCAUAAUGAAAAGAUUGGCAUUCUUGAGAAAGUUUCUGAAAGUCAGAAAAAGUUUUUUUUUUUUGGAAGUAAAGUCACUCAAAAAUGAGAAAAAAAAGCAAAUUAAUUGAAAACCUGAAAACAGAAGUUUUCUCUUCGCGUUCAACCGGAUAGGCUGCGCCUUUUUUCUCAGAAGUGAAGAAGUCGCUGAAAUGACGGUUUUUUGUUCGAAUUUUCACCUAGAAUCAGAUUUGUGACGUUCUUUGUGCUCUUGCAGGUACCGUGUCCACAAUCGAUGAAGCGAUAGAAUGGCUCACGUACACGUACUACUACACUCGGUCGCUGCUCAAUCCUACCGUCUACGGCUUUCAACACACGGCCAUAGAAACCGUCAGUUCAACAGGAUCGGGAUGAAUCCUUGAGAUGAUUAGGACCCCGGGCUCCGCAACAACUUCACGCAACUUCUGACGAAAAUCGCUGUGGAGCUGGACGACGUUCAGAUGAUUCGCUUCGACGCUGCUACCAACUUUGUCCACGCCACUGACCUCGGCAGAAUCGCUUCCAACUUCUACAUCAAGUUCGAGACGAUCGUUCUGCUCAAGAGCUCUGGUAUUCUUGAGAAUGAAUUUCUUAAAUUUUUUCAACUUUUAGAAUCCGGAAUUGGGUUGCCUGUGUCUUUCACUGAAGUCAUGACUGACGACAUGAUUUUCGGGCUUGUUUCAAUGUCUUCAGAGUUCAGCAACCUCAAGGUUUUUCCCGAACUGCAAAAAGAAAAACGGAAUCUGGCUCGCAUUAUUAUUACUCUCCUAUAAUUGGAAUCUAGGCUAUUCAAUAUCAUCUUCGAAUAACCAUUGCCAUUUUCAAAUUUUGAGGUGCGCGAAGAAGAAAUGGCCGACCUGGAGAUGUUGAUGAGCAACUCGUGCAUGUUGAAGGUUGUGGGUGGAGGAUUGGCCAGCUACGCAGGAAAAGUCAACGUUCUUCUCCAGGCGAGCCGAGUCCUCACUGCCCUUCUCAAUCGCCUCUUUGCAGUCGAUCGUUUCCAGAACCGAAAUACGCAACUUUGCACUUCUUUCUGAGCAGUUCUAUGUGCAGCAGAACGCCGGACGACUUUGCCGCGCCAUGUUCGAAAUCGUACCUGCGAGAGUUGGACUUACCCGGAAAAGACCAUUUUUUAGGCUUUGCGGAAGAAUUGGUCUCAUGCCACCAACGCCUUCCUCUGUAUCGCCAAAAGCAUCGAACAGCAUUUCUGGCCCAAUCAGAGCUCGCUUAGGUUUCCUUAGAGAGGCUUCAGAAAUUUUAUUCUAGUGUCCAGACAGUUGAUUCCGCAUCAGAUAAUCACGCCGACGCUUGUGGAAAAAGUUGAGAGAAGGCAGAUUCCCGAAGUGAAGCUCCUCGAAAUGUCUCCUCGGGAACUGGGUGAGUGGAUUCACAGGGGAUAUAAUCACACUUGUCGGCUUUUCUGAUCGGAAAAUGUUUUCGAUGACCACUGUCUGUGUUGGGUUUGAAUAUUGAACUCCUACCUCCAAAAAAUUAAAAAGUUCGACAAUUCCAUACAACAAUAAAUAAAGAUUGAGCGUUGGAAUUGAAAAUAGCCCGGCUGGUCAUUCAAAUCUCCUUCCAAUUCCAGGUCACAUGUUCAGUUGCAACGGAAACCAACUGCACGACGCAUUGAAGUCGAUCCCAAGAAUGGAAGUCGAGGCGUUCUUCAAGCCAAUCACUUAGUUUGGAAGUCUGUUCGGUUCUACGAAUAUGAGUCGGAUUCAGCACGAUUGUUCAAGUCGAAGUUUUCAUGACGCCGGCCUUCAUUUGGAACGACCGCUUCUUGGGAAAAGGCGGCGCUCAAUCGUUUUUCCUCUUUUUGGAGAACAUCAACGAGAAUCUGAUCAUGCACGUCGAACGACUUGCCAUCAAUAAAGUCAAAGUCAGUGUGUGCAACAGCGGUUGGAAAUGUUUUGAGGAAAAUGGAAAUUUAUAAGAGUUUUCAAGUUCAGAGAAAUUUGAUAUUACUUUCCUUUCGUUUGGUUUCAUUUUCUUUUCACUGUGAAAUCUUCAUAAUGUGGCCAAAAGAGUGGCCCACUCUCCGUAUUAAAGGCGAGCAUAAUGCUGAGUUAUUUCACGAAUUUUCGAAACAAAAACGUGAUUUACCAUUCGUAGUUCAAUUUUCCACUCUGAGACUGCUUAUACUCUGCAUUUUAUAAUGACGAACAUGUCAGGAUCUUUCUUCUCACUAGUUUCGAACUCACCCAGCUCUUCGAAAUAAAAGUUAAGGUGGUGAGAGGCGAGCCGCAACACCUGGUCUUCACGAUCCCGGUCCGCGACCAUCAGCUCACCAACAACUACCAGCUGCGCGUCACCAGCGAGCACUACAUGGUCCAAGACACGGUCGUCCCCUUGUCCCUCCACAACUGCAUCCUGCCCAAGUCCUACACCGCUCACACUGGUGCGCAGGCUUUCACUCUUUCAUAUUUCCCUUUCUUGAGAUUUGCUCAAUUUGGAUCCCUUACCCGUCAAGACGCUGCGUAACUCCAAUUUCGAAGCAUUUUACAAGUUCCCGUACUUCAAUCCUAUUCAAACGCAGGUUACAUUCUUCUUCGAGUUUGGGAAAAUACAUGAUUUGUUGAGGUAUUUUUCUGUUUGUACAAAACGGACGAAAGCGCGUUGAUUGGUGCACCGACAGGUUCCGGAAAAACGCUUUGUGCGGAGUUGGCCAUGUUCCGGUUGAUCCAGCAGCAUCCUAAGAAAAAGGUUCAAUUUCGAAUAGAUGAAAGAAGGUCAUCUAAACGGGGAUACAUUAGAAAAUUUGAGAUCAGUCUUAGGAGCUAAUUUUCAAAAAAUAAAAACCAAUCGAAACUUAGAACGACUUUGGUUUGGGAAGACUUGGGAGGGGGAGGUUGAGGCCUAGAAAAAAAUGUCUGCCCAUGUGUGCUAUACUGAUAUUUAAUUUAUUCACUCUUUUCAAUUCUUCUGACGUGUACCAAAGUUCUUUUUUAAAAAAUAAUAUCACUUUCCAUCUUUUUCGAAAGCUAUCGAUAAUGUUUGAACUUUGAAUAGCCAUUUCGAUAGAAAACGAAAUAUUUCCCUUUUACACAGAUUGUCUACAUUGCUCCUCUGAAAGCGCUGGUUCGAGAACGAGUAGAUGACUGGAAGGCUAAAUUCGAAAAACUUGGCUACAAGUUGGAUGAGCUUGCGAGCUUAUCGAAUAGUUGAUUCAGAGUCGUGGAGGUUUCUGGAGACGUGACCCCAGACACGGCGACGCUGUCCUCGUCCACUAUCCUGAUCACGACUCCGGAGAAGUGGGACGGGAUCUCUAGGUGGGAACCGGAGAAGGUAGCAAGAUGGAAGUGAGGCUGACUGCAGGAACUGGUCUUCGCGAGAGUACGUUCGUGAGGUCGGCCUCAUCGUUCUCGACGAAGUCCAUUUGCUCGGAAUCGAACGUGGCGCGGUUUUGGAAGCCAUCGUUACAAGGUGCUUUCGGAAAAAAAUUUUUGAUACCUAAUCCUUCUCGUUCCUCAAAAUGUGUUGAGUUUAAAAGAAGCAAUUUAGGGCGUAUAUUCUUCCUCAUUUUUUAUCCUCCUCUAGUUCUUGAAUAUCUUUUGAAGAAGUUUCUCGUAGAUCCGUAUUUCUAUUUUUUGAGAUGUGAACGAUCUUUUUCGACUGGUGUUAAAUGGGAAAUUGAAUAACAGAAAAAUUGAUAAUAUUUUAAAAUUUGAUUUGAGACUGAAAAUGAUCACAAGACGCUCUGCGACCCGAGAAGAACCUGCACGUCUCCUCGGACUUUCCACAGCUCUGGCGAACGCCGGAGACGUUGCCGAAUGGCUAGGAAUCAAAGAUGUAGUCCUUGUAUUGCAUAAGUUCGAAAUAGCCGAGUCUUUGCAGCAUGGACUCUACAAUUUCCGACCAUCGGUGCGGCCGAUUCCCAUCAGUGUGCACAUCCAAGGAUUCCCCGGCCAGCACUACUGUCCUCGCAUGGCGCUCAUGAACAAACCGGCCUUCCGAGGUAUUUUUCGACACAUUUAGUAACAAUCAAGUUUUCACUUUGAAAAUAUCAGCCCUUUUCAUCUUUUCCAUUCGAAAACGGAAAAAAAUGAAAAAUUCGUUUUUGUCCUCUAAGAAAAUUUUUGAUAUGAGAUAGGUGUCUCUCUUUUCUCACCAAUCGGAUUGCGAGAAACUUCAAAGUGAAAUCGAUUUUACCAAUGACUAUCUGCCUAAUACGAACAAAGACGAAAAUUUUCCAGCAAUAAUGACGUACUCGCCCGAAAAGCCGGUGUUGGUUUUCGUGGCUUCGCGGCGACAAACGCGCCUCACGGCGAUGGCAUUCGUCAACCAGUUGGUGGUGGACAGCAACCCCCGCCAGUGGCUCCACAUGGACAUGCAGGAGGUCGCGUCGCUUUCCGACAUCUUCUAGAACCUCGGGUUGCAGCUCGAGGUGCUCAUGCAGUCGGUCAAGGACGAGAACUUGAAGCUGACGCUUCCUUUCGGCAUCGGACUCCAUCACGCCGGCUUGUCGCCCCACGAAAGAUCUCUUGUCGAGCAGGUCUAUAUUAGCGCAAUCUUUUUGGACACGUAUAAAAAGUUUCGAGAAAGCCGCCUAAAAUAUCCUAGGAUAAAGUAGUGGUGACAAGAAACACUUUUAUGGAGUUUUGCCCCUUAGAAGUUUUUUAUUAGUUUAGGAAACCUUCGAAGCAAGUCUAUAAAAUUCAGCAAGUUUUAAAAAACUGGCGUUUUAAGAGAACUCAAUCAUUUCCGAAAAAGACUGAGGUCAGAAUAUGGGUUUUCCGACUAAAUUAAUGUUUAUCAUUCAACGAAGUUUGAUAGAUUUUCAAAAGAGUUUCGCUUUCUUUUCAGCUCUACAUCGAUAAAAAGAUCCAAAUUCUAAUCGCGACGGCGACACUCGCCUGGGGUAUCAACUGUCCUGCUCACUUGGUCAUUGUCAAGGGAACCGAGUUCUACGACGGCAAAACUUGCAAAUAUGUCGAUUUUCCUGUGACUGGUAUGAACACGAAAAUGUGCAAUGCUUACAUAGUCGCCAGAUGUCUUGCAAAUGAUGGGCCGUGCUGGACGACCGCAGUUCGACGAUUCUGCCGUCGCCGUUAUUUACGUCCAAGACUCCAAAAAGACGUUCUACAAGAAGUUCCUCUAUGAACCGUUUCCCGUUGAAUCGAGGCUUUCUCUGCACGCUGUUUCACAUCUCAACUCGCUCCUUUUUAGCUUGCUCCCCGUCUUUCCGAACCACGUCAACGCGGAAAUCCACGCUGGAACCAUCGAUUCAAAGCAAUCGAUCGUCGAGUAUCUGUCUGGAACCUACUUGUACCGUCGACUUUUUGUCAAUCCAAAGUUGGCUUCUGUUUCAUUUUCACAAGAAAUUACCGAUCUUUGAAGUUUUUACGGUUUGGAAGAACUCAGCGAAGAAGCCGCGUUGAAUUUCAUCACAAAUGCCGUCGACCACUGCGUCGGAGAGUUGCUCCAGUCGAAAUGCAUUGUCGUUGACGAGGUUUUUCUAAACAAUAAAAAGAAAAAGUUCUACUAUUUGAGGAGAACAAAGAGAUCCGAUCGUCGCCCUACGGCAGACUAGCUUCGGUGUACUAUUUGCAACACAAAACGAUCAGAUUCCUUCUGGAAGAACUCAAGUCCACCUCCACCAUUGAAGACAUGCUCAGGAUCAUGACUGUGGGUGCGGAUUUCCGGUGUCUUCUCAAUUUCGCUUGCAGCACGUCCCCGAAUACGCUGAGAUCCCAGUUCGACACAACGAGGACCUUCUCAACACGUUAGAACGCUCAGAACUCUGUGGCAGUGUUUGAUAUUUUCAGUGACCUCCAGAAAACGAUGCGGAUCCGUUUCCCGACAUCUGCCAUGGACUCUUCGCACACGAAAACUCAUCUUCUUUUCCAAGUAUGUUUUUCGGUUUCGAAAUCUUCGAAAGGGCCUUUUUUUAAAGGCGUUUUUCAUGAGGAUGACGCUCCAGACGGACUACAGAACUGAUCAGAAGAGCGUUUUGGAUCAGUGCGUGAGAAUCAUGCAGGUUUCUGGAAGUCUCCGUUUCUUCAUCCGUUUUUUAUUUGAUCAGGCUAUGCGCGAAAUCUGCGUUUUGCAUCAAUGGUGCACGGCCGUCAUGAACGUGACGUAUCUACAGCAAAUGUGCCACACUGGACG